AUGCUACUCUUUACUUUGCUAUUCGCAUUCAACUCUGCAGUCACCAUUGCGUCGUCAUCUCCAUCCCAGGUCGUACUUCCUAAACCAACUGGUCGUUACCUUGUCGGACGAACAGCCUGCGUUGAACUAAUCGACUACAGCCGAGUCCAACCCUUUGCGCCAGGUCUUGAGCCCGUAAGACUCGAGAUCUCGCUUUUCUAUCCUGUCAUAGAUCAGCGGCAUCAUAAAGCAGAUUUCGAUGCUGUUGCAUACUUCCCCGCAGCAGUAGCACAAUUUGAGGAUGCCGCGCUUUCUGACAUAGGUGUACGUGCACCAAACGGCACGUUUAGCAAACUUGCUCUGCACUUAGCAAGCGAUGAAACUUGUCAAAGAUCCGGCAGUCAUCAGCCAGAGGUCGAUUUCCCGCUCGCCAUUUUCAUGCCUGGUGAGGGAACUACACGCCUUUGGUAUAGCCAGAUUGCGGCCACCGUUGCAAGUAAUGGUUACAUUGUCAUCACCAUCGAUCCGCCCUACAACGUUGACGUGGUCGAAUACUCAGACGGCUCCCUUGUGCUUCUGAAUAAGACACUUUGGGGCACUGAAGAUUAUGAGGCUCUGGCGCGCACAGCCUACGUCGGGAUCCAGUCUCAAGCUCAAGACGUGAGUUUCGUGCUUGAUCAGCUUUCCAAUGUCACGCUUGCUCGUACUCUGGUUCCAAACCUCCCUGCCUCUGGCUUCAACACGACCACUGCAAUGUUUGGACACUCACUGGGUGGCUCCACCGCUUACUCAAUCCUAGAGCAAGAUGCUCGUGUCCUUGGCGGCCUAGAUAUGGAUGGCGGACUAUUUGGACCUGGCAACGGAACAGAUAAGCCAGUCAUGAUCAUGGGCUGCGGCAACCACACUCGUGACCACGAUGGAGAUUUCACGCAGAUCACUUGGGCCGCAACAUGGCCUAACCUGACGGGAUGGCGAAGAGAGAUCACAAUCGCAGACACUCUUCACUAUGAUUUUAGUGACUAUCCCGUCGUCUUCGAGACGUUAGGCAUCUCCCCAAACUUGACCAUCGCGAGCAGUAGCCACGGGACUCAAACCGGGACUCUGGAGGGCCAUAGAGUCCUGGAAAUCGUGACCAGCUACGUUACGGGCUUCCUUGAUUUUGUCAUCAAGGGAAAGAAUUCUCCUUUGUUAGACGGGCCCGUAGCCGGGUUUCCAGAGGUGGCCUUCCAAUACUAG